CAGUGGGUAACGGACGGGCGCAAAUGUCUGCAACACUCGGUGUUUGAGUUGUGGGAUGGAGUUUCGUUGACACUAUUCAGACAGUAACGUUACGUGAAAUUUGUAAUAACCGUAAUCACUGUCAGUUUGGUAACACGAGUCCUAUCGGGAACACUCACCCGAGCAAUAUGGCAGAUAAUAUUAUCAUCAGAGUACAGUCCCCAGAUGGGAUGAAGAAAAUCCCUUCCACCAAGAGGGAGACUGCUGCUGCUUUUCUUAAAAAGGUGGCCAAAGAGUUUGGAUUCAAUUCCAAUGGCUUUUCCAUCUACCUGAACCGCAACAAGACUGGGGAGAUCCUGUCCCAGAACAAGACUCUCAGCCUGCUUAAGAUCAAGCAUGGCGACAUGCUGUUUCUGUUUCCCUCGGGCUCAUCAGGGUCUUCCGGGGAGGUCAUGGACACGGCCACCCCACACUCAUCCUCGUCACUACCCUCCUCCUCCUCUUCAUCAUCUUCCUCAUCAUCUUUGAUUCAUCGUUCUCAUUCAGCACCCCAGGUCCAGGAGGAUGAGAUUGAUCAGUACCUGGCCAAACAGGAUGGCAAAAUAUACAGGAACAGAGACCCACAGCUAUGUCGACACGGUGCCCUUGGGAAGUGUGUGCACUGUGUACCAUUAGAGCCUUUUGACGAAGACUACCUGAAUCACCUAGACCCGCCAGUCAAGCACAUGUCAUUCCAUGCCUACAUUCGCAAGCUGACCGGUGGAGCCGAUAAAGGGAAGUUUGCAGCCCUGGAGAACAUCAGCUGUAAGAUCAAGUCAGGCUGUGAGGGCCACCCUCCUUGGCCAGAAGGGAUCUGCACCAAGUGCCAGCCCAGUGCCAUUACGCUCAACAGACAAAAAUACAGACACGUGGACAACAUCAUGUUUGAGAACCAUACCAUUGCUGACCGCUUCUUGGACUUCUGGAGGAAAACAGGCAGCCAGAGGAUGGGCUAUUUGUAUGGCAGGUACACUGAGCACAAAGACAUCCCUCUGGGCAUCAGAGCUGAGGUGGCUGCCAUCUACGAACCCCCACAGAAUGCAACCCAAAACAGCUUGGAAUUAUUGGAGGAUCCCAAGGCUGCAGCUGUGGAGGAGAUCGCUGCCAAACUGGGCCUGUGCAAGGUGGGAUGGAUCUUCACUGACUUGCUCUCUGAGGAUACAAGGAUAGGCACUGUUCGCUACUCUAGGAACAAGGACUCGUACUACCUGAGUGCAGAGGAGUGCAUCACAGCAGGGUACUUCCAGAAUCAACAGCCAAAUCCUUGCAGACUCUCCAGAGAAGGACAUUUUGGCUCCAAAUUUGUGACUGUAGUGGCAACAGGCGGUCCAGACAACCAGGUGCACUUUGAGGGCUACCAGGUGUCCAACCAGUGCAUGGCUCUGGUGAGAGACGAGUGCCUACUGCCCUGUAGAGACGCCCCAGAGCUGGGCUAUGCUAAAGAGUCCAGCCCCGAGCAGUACGUACCGGAUGUCUUCUACAAGGACAAAGACAAAUUUGGAAAUGAUGUCACAUUUCUAGCCCGACCUCUUCCUGUGGAGUACCUUAUUAUAGACAUUACUACCACUUUCCCAAAGGACCCCCAGUACACCUUCUCCUCCACACAACGCUUCCCCAUAGAGAACCGUGAUGUCCUAGGAGAGACACAGGAUUUCCACAGUUUAGCCACAUACUUGUCCCAGUGCACCUCCACUGUGUUUUUGGAUAUCGUGUCAGACUUCCAUCUGCUUCUCUUCCUGGUCACCAAUGAAGUCAUGCCCCUGAGAGACAGCAUUGGGCUCCUACUAGACGCAGUGAAAACCUCCAACGAGGACCUGGCCCAGACUUGGAAGAAGUCUGAGCAGUGGGCCACCAUCGAGCAACUGUGCAGUACAGUGGGCGGGCAGCCAUCAAGCUCUCUGGAGUAUGGGGCCAUGGGUGGCCCCUCUGUCCCUGCCUCAUCCUCGGCCAUGUGGUCCUGCCUCCACUGCACCUUCAUGAACCAGCCUGGCACAGAGCACUGUGAAAUGUGCAGCCUGCCCCGCAGUUAAAGUUCCUGUCGCCACCCCUCUCCAUCCUGCUCUCAGCUCCUCUCCCUGAAUUCCCUAAUCUUCUCCAGCCCUGUCCCGCCCCACUCUUAACUCGCCAAUGACAUCACCGUGUGGGGACCAGCUGCGAGAUUUGGAUGCUCUUUUUUUCCAUCCCACCUCUUAAGCCUCUGUCCUUCCCAUCUUCACAGACUGCUGUGGGGUUGAAAAAGAAGUGCAAAGGGAUGCACUCGUUUACACCAAAUUCAAUGAGUAAAUAAAGUAAAACUGAUGACUGUGUUUUUGUAUCCCUCUCACAGUGGCUCUUGCGAGUGGCGGGGUACGUUUAGGUAAAGCACUUUGGCUAAGGCUCCUUCCUUCAACCCACAGCCCCCAAAUAACCCCCUCAUGGCUCAAAUAAAUAUUGCUGUGACUCAGGACAGCAGCAAAGACUAGUGUUUGGAUGUUCUCUCACAUCAGUGCCCCUUGCUCACAAUAUAUUCUGGAAAUUUGUUGUGUAAAUAAUACAUUUGAGGAAUGAUACUGUUAUUUAA